UUUUAUUUGGGAGGCCAAAUUUUACUAAUAAUUCAAAAUAUCUAUUUAUACGAUGAUGACUGUAACUCCAAAACGUUUAAAAUUAUUAUCCACGACUUUCGUCCUUGGUAUUGUAAAAUUUACUUAAUUUGUCAAUUUAGAGAGAGAUUGAAUUUUUCUUAUUAAUAUUAGUCUGUAAUUAAUUCAAAUUUGGGCGAAACCGUUGGAGCCCCCCAAAACUAAGAAGAGAACAAACGAAAGCAUUCGUACCAAAAAAACUCUCAAUUCGCUCUCUAUUCACAGAAUCUCCUCCCACACAAACACAAAGGUUCAUAUUUGCUCUAAUGAAAGCCCAAGCCCUAGCUCCAUUUUUUACUUUCUCUUGGGUUCCCUCUUUUUAAGCUUUUACAAUAUGUUGAGGAUUGCAAUGGAUGAGUUUUCUCCCAGGUUUUCUGUUGAUUCGCCGCGUAAAUCUGGUCCAUUGUCUCUCAUAAUCGAUGGAAUUUCUCGUAAAAGUUUUUCUUACUAUAAACUUCCUGACGAGCCUCUCAAGCUUUCUGUUCGCAAAUUGGACGGCUCUUGCUUCGACAUUGAAGUUAUGAAGACAGCUACAAUUGCAGAACUUAAGAAGGCGGUGGAGGCUGUAUUCAGUCACUUGCCAAAAAAGGGACCUGGCAAGAUUUCAUGGCCGCAUGUUUGGGGACAUUUCUGCUUAUGCUUUGAAAAUCAGAAGUUAUUAACAGAUACGGAUCAUAUAAAAUAUUUUGGCAUUAAAGAUGGUGAUCAGCUUUACUUUACCCGCCAUCUCUCAAGCAGCUGUAAUAUGGUAAAGGUAAAAUCUAAGAAAGAUGAAUCUACUUCAAAACAACAAAAUACAUCAACUUCACGGUCAAAUUGCUGUAAAGCAAAAGAACAAGAACAACUGAAAGAAAAGGUUGACUAUGAUUGGGAUGAUAUGGAGAACGGAAGGUACCGGCACAUUGACAACAAGGAUGAGACCUUUACCGGGCAGAAUGAAUCGAGACUGGCAAAUUUUGUGAGGGGGUGGUUCUCAUUCUCCAGAUUGGUGAGCCUGGGACAGAAAAGCAAGUCUUAUCCAUCAAGAUAUGCUUGUGGUUGCGGUGCCUUGUCACCCUUGUGCAGUUUCAGAAAAAUUAUACAACUUUUUGAUAGUAACAACUAUUACCGAAGAGUAAAAAAUAGAGAGGAUUAGUGAUUGUCUAAAUGCAUCAUUGGUGCCGUUUGCCUGAGUUGGCUUUUGGUUGUGAACUUUGGGAUUCCACCUGCGCGGCAUUCUUCCUCAAAAUGCAUAUUUCAUCUCUAUAACGAGUGCUGCAGUAAAAAGUUUCAUUCAGUUCAUUUUUUCUGAAUCUGAGUUCAGUAUUCAUGUUCAUUGCCUCAAGUCCAACUCAAUUUUCUUUUUUUUCUUUCCCCUUAAUAAGAUGAAAAUUUAUCCCAGUCCAA